AUGCGUUUCUCCACAGUCAUGCCUUUGCUGCUUGCAGCCGGCUUCGCCAAUGCUCAGUUCGGCAAGGGAAAUGGUCAGGGUGGCAACAAUGGUCAGAACGGUCAGCAGGCCGCCGCCAACAACGGACAAAACGCAGCCAACAACGGCCAGAAUGCUGCCAACAACGGACAAAACGCUGCCAACAAUGGCCAGAACGCCGCCAACAAUGGAGGUAAUGCCAACAACGGAGGUAACGGCCAAGCCAACUGUCUCGACCCUACCGUGAUCUCCAAGAACGCGAACAACGACGGUCUGGCACAGGCCGAAGCUGGGCAAGCUGCGUCUGCCACUGAUGCCAACAACUUCAUCAACUUCUGCGCGGGCAAGACGAUUACCGAUGGUCUUCAGGUCAAGGGUGGAUCCUGCAACCCGAUCCCCAUGGGAAACAUUCCUAGCACCGCCAACAUGAUCUCGGCUGUAAUGGUCAGCCCCCAGGAUGGCGACACUGUCCCCGCAAACCAGGCGAUGACCUUCUCUGUCAAGAUCGACAAUCUUGUGGCUGGUACAUUCACGAACCCUGAUGUCACAUACUACGUCGCUCCUCAGGAUUUGCAAGGUGGCAACAUCGUUGGACACACCCAUAUCAGUGUCCAGGACAUUGGUGACGCUAAGACCACGACCCCUCCGGAUGCCCAGAAGUUCGCGUUCUUCAAGGGUAUCAACGACGACGGUGACGGCCAGGGAACCCUCUCAGCCGACCUCGCUGCUGGUCUUCCCGCUGGUAGCUACCGUGUCUGCUCUAUGACUUCCGCCGCCAACCAUCAGCCCGUUCUUAUGCCUGUCGCUCAGCGUGGUCCCCAGGAUGACUGUGUGCGCUUCACUGUAGCCGACGGUGGCGGUAACGGCGGUAACGGCGGUAACGGAGGCAACGCCGCCAAUGCUAACGGAGGCAACAACGCCGCCAAUGCCAACCAGGGUCAGAACGCUCAGCAGGGCGGUCAGCAGGCUCAGCAAGGUCAACAGGCUCAACAAGGUCAACAGGCCCAGCAGGCUCAACAGGGUCAACAGGCCGCACAGGGUGGUCAAGCUGCUCAGGGCGGACGUGGCGGCGGAAAGGGCAGGGGAAGGUUCGGACGCCCGAAGUUCGCUGCUCGUGACUUCGUCGCCUAG